CUCUUAAAUCACAAAAUAUAUCUCACAACCUUCGAUCAUACUUUCAACAAAUCUAUAUAUACAUCAAAAACAAACAGCCUGCUUUCAAAUUAAUCAUGUCUACUGAUGAAGUUGUUUACCACCAUGCCCCAAAAGUUGACGAGGUCAACGAAACCACCACUACUACCGUGGAGCAGUCAGAUCGUGGAUUGUUCGAUUUCAUGAAGAGCAAGAAGGAGGAAGAAAACAAGUGUGAAGACGCCGCGAUUUCGUCUGAAUUUGAUCAGAAAGUUCAGCUGUCUGAACCCGAACCAAAAGCCGAAGAGGCGAAGCAUGAAACUUUGUUCCAAAAAAUGCAUGAAUCACAUAGCGGUUCCAGUUCUAGCAGUUCAAGUGAUGAAGAGUGCGAAGAUGGAGAAAAAAAUAAGAAGAAAAAGGAGAAGAAGUCAUUGACCGCACAGAUCAAGGAAAAGAUCGAGCAUAAAGAAAAGAAAGAGGAAGAAAAGGUGGAGAAACAUGAGGAUGACACAUGUGUCCCUGUUGAGAAAUAUGAUGAAGUAGAGGCCCCACCACACGUCAGUGAAGUGGCCCACCCUAUUCCGACCCCCGAACCAGAGGAGAAAAAAGGGUUUAUGGAAAAGCUCAAAGAGAAGCUUCCUGGUGGCCACAAAAAGGUAGAGGAGGAGCACGUUGCUCCUCCUCACCCACCAACACCAGUGGUCGAGGCACAUGAUGAGGAUAAGGAGAAGAAGGGUAUUUUUGAGAAAAUUAAAGAGAAAAUUCCAGGGUAUCAUUCGAAGAGUGAGGAGGAGAAAGAAAAAGAAAAAGUUAAAGAAUGUGAUUAAGCAAAAGGAAAUAUAUUAUGGUGGUAUGUGGGUUGGCUUGCUUUGGUUUGCAAGAGUGGGUCUAUUAUGAUGUUUCUUGCUUUUGGUCGUUACCUUUUUUGGACUUUUGAUUAAGUGGUUUUCGAUGUGUAUCUGUUUGGAAUUUCUUGUGUGGUGUAUUGGUGUUACUGGAUUUGGUUGUAACUCUAUACCAUUAUUAUUUGUAUUGAAUGUAAUUUGUUUGUACA